AUGGCUGACGAGUCCACCACGCCUCUGCUGGACAGGGCGUCCAGCGAGUUGAGACAUGUCUCUCCUCAUCCAUCCUCUCCGCCUCCACCUCCAGGCUCCUCCAACUCCGCACAAUCAAACCUUCGACGGAAACGUUCGAGAUCCUUCGAGCUUUCGUCCGAGUCAACUCCUCUCCUCCAACGUCGAGAUGAAGAUCUGGCCCGAUACGGAACUGAAACGCAGGACAGAUCCCUAUCGCCCACAUCCCGUGAUCCCCUUUCGGCGACGCCCUACGAUGCAGCAAAAGGCCGUCGUCCAUGGCCCACGUUUGUGGCACUCGCAUCCCUCACUGUGGCCGUGCUGCUCAUACUUGUAUUCGGCUUUCUUACUCCGUCUGCGGUCAGGGAGUAUGCAGAGAAGGCAGCAGUGUUUCAGCCUCAGAAGAUAUCCAUCGAUUCAGCCACCCUUUCUGGUGUACGAGCGAGGGUUCAGGGCGAGUUCUUUCUCGACGGUUCUCGUGUGCAGUCGAAGCCCGUGCGGGACCUGGGUCGAUUCGCGACGUGGAUUGCUAGAGAAAUAGAGACGGACGAGACGGAGGUGCAAAUCUAUCUGCCAGAGUACGGAAAUGUCCUCCUUGGCACGGCGUCCCUGCCUUCAGUGAAACUGAAUAUCCGAGAUGGCCACGUGAACCAAGUUGAUGUCUUGACGGAUCUGCAAUUGGGCGACGUUGCACGCAUUCGUCAAGUUGCAAACGACUGGCUGGAAGGACGGCUUGGUCAGCUGCGGAUCAAAGGGACCGCAUCUGUGAGUCUCAAGUCGGGGUUGCUGGAUCUAGGUACUCAAGUCAUUUCCGACACGUUGACCUUUGACGACGAUGAUAUCCCAAAACUCCCAGCCGUCAAUGUGACCAAGUUGAACGUGCAUGACAAUGGAAAGAAUGCCAUGGCAGUGGAUGUGUCAGUCAGCAUCUCGAAUGACUACGCGUUGCAGCUGACCGUGCCGCCUCUUGGCUUUGAUAUUCUGGUGCCCAACUGUUCGCCAGGAGAUCCAUAUAUCCUAGUGGCAGAUGCCACCACAGAUGUCGUCGAUGUGCAGCCUCAAGAGGCUGCCAUUGUGGAUGUCCAUGGGUUGAUUCACAAGCUUCCUGCCGAGUUGACAACUGCGUGUCCUGGCAAGAAGGACUCUCCGCUUGACGUGAUCGUUGCGAACUACAUCCAAGGCCUUCAGACCACCAUCUAUAUUCGCGGGGCGGACGCACCGUCUCCGGACACUCCCUCCUGGAUAGUUGAUCUGAUGAAGAGUAUGACGGUUCCGGUACCGGUUACCGGCCAUGAAUUUGGCCAGUUGAUUCAGAAUUUCUCCAUGACGAACGUGCAUUUUUCACUCCCCGACCCCCUCGCUGAACCGGGGACACCCGAGUCGCAGCCUAGAGUGUCUGCACUGGUCACAGUCCUGAUAAACUUACCGAAGCAAAUGAACUUUGUCGUGGAUAUUCCACGCGUCCGUUCGAAUGCAGAUGUUUAUUACAAGGGGGACAAACUGGGUUUCCUCGACCUGAGCGAGUGGCAGGCUGCGAAUGCUUCUCGUGUCAAUGAUACGUCCAGUGACCAUCCACUGCUGCUAGUGACCUUCGACAUCAAAGACGGGCCUUUACAAGUCACUGAUGACGACGUUUUCACCGAGGUUGUCCAGGCCUUGAUAUUUGGACAACAGCCCGUUACGUUGAGCGUGAAUGCAUUGGUGGACGGCGAGGUCAAAACUGCCCUGGGACGAUUCGUUAUACACGACAUCCCAGCUCAAGGGAAGAUCAAAGUUAAACCUCCAUUCCGCGGCUCUGUCAGCGAUAUAGAUCCCAGAGUAGAGUCCGUCAGAGUCGUGCACAGUUCCGACUCCACGCUGCUACUGCACGCUACCGUUAAUUUCACGAAUCCUACGGAAUAUUCAGCGAAUAUCCCCUUCGUUGAUACUUUGCUCUUAUAUAAUGGAACAGCUGUCGCGCACCUUACUGCCCGAGAUCUGUCAGUUGUGCCCGGUGAGAACGCAGGCGUUAACAUCCAGGCACUCUGGGACCCAUUGGGCUGUAGUGGAGAAGCUGGAGUGACUGCUGGGCAGGACUUGAUCUCUCGAUAUAUUUCAGGGUUCAACACUACGGUCACACUUCAAAGCCAUAAGGAUUCCAUCCCAGGACUGCCUGACCUCGGGCAAGCGCUGUCAAACAUCCAAAUCGAGAUCCAGGUUCCGAAGCUUCACAUGCCUGGUAGUGACGACGGAGAGCCUGGUGGGGAGGAUGAUGGCAAGCCGCAUUUCAUCAAAGAUGCAACGCUGCACGUAUGGUCCUCCACCGCCGUUUUCACAUUGAUAUCCCCGCUUCCCAAAACCACAAUAUACAUCACAUCUGUCGACGCCGUUGCGCUAUACAACCACACAGAACCCGUCGGCACCAUCAACUACCGACAGCCCUUUGCCGUUCCACCGGGUGUCUCGCAGACACCACGCCUCCCCGUGGACCUGGAUCUGAACGGCGUAGGCUACGACGCCGUCCGGCGAGCGCUGGGCGGCACAUUACGGAUGGACGCAGAGGCAAAAGUCGGCGUUAGGAUCGGCGAGUAUUCGACCCUCGUUUUCUACCAGGGUAAGGGGAUCGGGGCGAAAAUUAGAAUCUAA